AUGGCUGAGCCAUCGCCCAAACGCCGCAGAACAUCCGCCGAGCCUCCCGUAGUCUCCGAGACUGGCGAUUUCCGUCCGCGCAAUACCCUACGAAGGACGCCUCCACGCCGUCCAUCGUUCCUGUCUCCAACCAAAGCCAGCCUUGCCCGUUUUAAUCCCGAGAUCCUGUCGAGACGCGCCUCCACCACGUCUGCGGUCGCUGAGCCCGAUGAGCCGUCGAGGUCUCCUGGCCGCGGACAACGAGCACUCGCGUACGUGCUGGGAGAGAGCCAUCAGAACCCAGACGAUGGAAACGCCGCCCCUGCAGCACAGCAACAUGGCGAAGAGCGCAGGCAUUCGAUAGGCGGGCGUCUGCUCCCGAGCAGAGACGUUCUCCAGGCGGCCGCAGCGGAUCAAUUGGCGCAGGAGAGCGCGGCACAUGCGGAGAGGAGAACUGAUGUGGAGGAUGACUUGCCCACGUUUCCGAAAGGGUCGCCGGCUGCGAGACCAGAUUUGCCACCGCAUGCCGGUCUUUUCUCCUCGCCAAGUAAGAAGGCGAGGAGGAAUAAGUCGCUGGGCCAGCGUCUGUCGUCACCCUUUAAGCCGAGAGAGUUGCCUCUCAGGCCGGAACCUGCGGACAGAGAGGCGCAGGCUGGUGCAGAGAACCCCAGUCCGAGAGGAGGAAAACUGGUGCGGGAAGAAGUGCAGGAGUCACCGCGGGCAAUGAACUCCGCCAUAGCCGAGCAAAGAUUAGCGCCUGCGAUGCCGAAGGUGGGGAUUGAUCCGAUGGAGAAGGAGAAGGAACGGCUGGGAAAACAAUUACAAGAGAUGCAGGAAGAGAUCAAGCAGUACGAGCGAGAGGUUGAGCGCAGUCGCACAGUUCCCGGACAUGAGAGCGCCGAGGACAUAUCUACCCUAAUCUCUCUCAUCACCAAGGCCGAUUCGUCACUACCGGCUUCGAGGCCAGAAGUUCCACCACUAUCGUCUCUGCUAUCCGCUUUCUUGCCUCUAGCAAAACCUGUUCAUCCACCGUCCGAGAAGCCCGAGAAGCCGUUACCUUCUCAUGAGCCUAUUGAAUUGGAUACUCCGCUUCCAUACUUGAAAUUGUUCACUACUUUUCAGUACGACUCCAGAGUAGAUGUGGAUAAUGAGUCGGGGCACCAGAUCCAUUUUACCAGCAUACGCUCCCCGGGUUCCCUACUCCAUCUCGAUCUGGAGCUGUUUGUAGACCCUGCCACUCGGAGUGUUUCGAAGUUAAACAUCAAAUCACUUUCACCCUGGGCUUCCCACGAACUAGGAACAUGGAUCAGAUCACGAGCUGCCGAGAAUGACGUGGGUGCAGUAUGUUGGGCUACCGAGUCUUACUAUGACGUCGCCGUCAAGCGUGCGCAGUGCUGGGCGCGUUGCUACAGGAAGUUCGCCCGCCUCUUGGAUCCGGAGCGAAAGGGGAAAGGUGGCAACAAGAAAAACGUUCAGCGUGAGGGGGGGCAGCAUGACGCCCCUGCGAGCUCGAACCUUCUUGAAGAGGAGACUGAAGAGGUCUCCGGAAUCGGUAGUGAUCUUGCAAGUGGGGGCCAAGAAGAAACCUCGAUGGAGAGAUGGGAACUGCUGCAACGCUUUGGUCGCGACAGCAUUACUUUCCAGAGCAAGCAUGUCCUGUUCAAGGUGUCUUGGAGGAUUCGUUUUGACUGGACUGGCGAGGCAGAGUCGGUCGUCGGUGCAGAUGCAGCCUUGCCUGGUGUCUGGCACGAAGCGGAUGAUCGAGGCUCUUUUCGUAAGAUCUCGGCAACAUUUGACCAGUUAGCACUCGAGAUGGGUGUCUUCGAAGCAACGAAGACGAUGGUCGGGUUACUGUUUAACGAAUAA